CUCUCUUCUCGAUGUGGUCAAACACCUCCACCGCGCUCGGCUUCUCCUGGCUGCCCGUCGGCGAGUGCACGCGCGGGGAGCACCACUCGCAGUCCUCUCUCGACGCGCUCGUGGGGUUCGGACUCGUCGGCGCCGCGAGUGCCGGCAUCUGCAUCACGCUCAAUGUGCAAAAACUGGUGCACAACCGCAACUACGACCCGGUCACGGGGCGUCAGAGCAUCCACUUCACCCGAAUCCCGCUCUGGUGGGCGGCCGUCAUCGCCAACGGUCUCUCGGAGCUCGUCAACCUGGCCGCGCUCGGCUUCGCGCCCGCGACGCUGGUUGCGCCGCUCGGCUGCCUCUCCGUCGUCUUCAACGCCUUCACCGCCGUCUUUUGGCUGCGCGAGCCCUUCUUCAAGCGCGACCUCCUCGGGCUGGCACUGAUCAGCGCAGGCGUCAGCUGCAUCGUGAUGGGGCAGGUGGGCUCGCCGGCGCCUCCGAUCACGGUGCCGUACCUGCGCGAGGUCGUCGCCUCGUCCUCCUUCUACCUCUACCUCGCCUCCCUCGCCGCCUUUCUCGCGCUGCUCGUGCUGUGGGCGCAGCCGCGCUUCGCUCGCCGCUUCGCUUGGGUGUACCUCGCCGAGAGCGCCGUGUUUGGGUCGGCGACGACCGCCGCCGCGCGCGCGUUUGCCUCCCUCUGCGGGCCUCCGCUGACCGGCGACUGGGCCAACGCGACCAGCCGCGAGGGGUGGCCGUUCUUUUGGGGGUCGCUGCUGCUGCUAUUGCUGACCGCGGUCGGGUCGCUGCUCACCCAGAACCAGGCGAUGGUGCGUUUCUCCAACUCGGAGGUGGUGCCGCUCUACUUUUGCUUCUUCUCGGUGGGCGGCGUGUACGGUGCGGCGCUGGCGUACGACGAGCUCUGCUGGCCGGGCGUGCUGCUGCUGCUGCCAGGGCUCGCGCUCUGCAUCGGCGGUGUCUUUUGCAUCUCGUACCGGCGCGAGGCGCGGGUGGCGCGGCUGCGUGCUGCGGCGGGGGCGAGGGAGGAGGUGCGGCCCCUCGCCCGCUCGUGCAUCUCGGCGACGCACAGCGCCUCGUCGCUGAGCAUCGGCAGCGUGCCCAGCGUCGUGAGCAGCCUCUCGCUGCCGCCCGGAGCCGCGGCCGCUGCUACGGGGGGCAACAACGGCGGCUCGGGCACCGGCGCGGCCUUGCUCGCCGACAGCGCGCCGGACGAGGGCGGUGCAAGCAGUCGCGCAUGACCAUGAGUCGAGGCGUGUAGACGUACAGUAGUGUUGAGAGGUUAUUCCCACUUGCAGUCUAAGCAGCCUGUGAAGUCUUCAGACUGGGUCAGACUGGGUCAGACUGCAUCAGACUGCUUCAGACUGCUCAGACUGGGGGAGCACAGUCUGACACAGUCCGCCGCGGUCUGACGCAGUCUGGCGCAGUCUGACACAUGUUCAGACUGCGCCAGACAGCAGACCCUGCGCUCUAGACUGCGCCAGACUGGAGGACAUGAAACUGCGCUCCGACCGACCCACACUCUCGUGCUCCCCCACCCCGGUCCCUCGCCAGACUGCGCUAGACUGCGUCAGACUCUGCUAGACUGCGUCAGACUGCGUCAGACUGCUUCAGACUGCUUCAGACUGCUUCAGACUGCCUAGACUGUGAAUAGACUGCGCAGUAUAUGUGAACUCUCACAGGCCAGCGCACAGCGCCAUAGGAGGUAUUUUCUUCUCAAUAACAAGGCUGUGAAU